AUGAACGCCAAAGGCACCCCAGGGCAGCCGGAUUUGGAGACGCAAGAGAUUUCGCCGACUUCCGAAAAAGCCCCAGAUGGAGGAUACGGUUGGAUCGUCACAACCUCAGUGGCUAUCAUCAACGGCCAUUCAUGGGGUAUAAACGCAGCAUAUUCCGUAUUCCUCGCCCACUUCGUCAAGGAGAAUACAUUUCCUGGUACAACGCCACUGAUAUACGCCAUCGCUGGAUCUCUCAGCGUAGGGGUCAUGAUGCUCAUCUCACCAUUCGCUACUAUAAUGGCUAGAGAACUCGGUACAAGGCCGACGAUGCUUAUUGGGGCUAUUAUACAGUCAGUAAGCCUUGUCUGUGCAAGCUUGUCAACCGAAAUUUGGCAAUUAUUUCUCUCUCAGGGAGCCCUCUUUGGAAUUGGAAUGGGACUGCUGUUUUUACCUUCCUACGGGAUUAUAUCGCAGUGGUUUACAAGACGACGAGCUUUAGCUAAUGGCAUUGCCAUCGCUGGAGCUGGUCUUGGAGGGUUGACGUACUCACUCGCUACCGGGGCCAUUAUUCGCAACAUGGGCUUGGAAUGGGCAUACCGAAUUCUUGCAAUCGUAUCGGCGGUGGCGAACAUCACUUGUACACUGCUUAUACGAACUCGAUAUAACGCACAAGCUACAAGACUCGCUCUCGACACGACUCUUCUACGCAGACCAGAGUAUCUUCUUGUCUUGAGCUAUGGCGCCUUCAGUAUGCUCGGUUACUUCGUGCUCAUUUUCACUCUCGCAAACUACGCAAAUGUUAUUGGACUCUCAUCGUCACAAGCAUCGAUGAUUCCAGCAUUCUUUAUGUUCGGCCAAGCCAUCGGCCGUCCAUGCAUAGGAUGGCUAAGCGAUCGGUUUGGUAGAAUUAAUCUCACCUUCAGCAUGUCAUUUAUCACCGGAAUCCUAACUUUCGCGAUAUGGAUCAACGCAACGUCGUUUGGCGUGCUCCUGACAUUUGCACUCGUUGGGGGUUUGUCAGCUGGUGUCUUCUGGGUCAACAUAUCACCGGUCCUCGUCGAGGUCAUGGGUCUCGAGAACCUAGCCUCGGCGUUGAGUUGUCUUUGGGUCGCUAUGGCUGUCCCCUCGACGUUUAGUGCCCCUAUUGCUUUGGAAAUUUAUACAGGAACAGGAAGCUACUUAGGUGCCCAGCUGUUUACUGGAUUUAUGUAUAUUGCUGCAUCCUUUUGCGUACUUGGAAUAAGGCGGUGGAAGAUCAAUGCCCGAGAGGUGCGAAAGAAAUGUCUCCAGCACCAGGAGAAGAGGGAAGGGAUUCAGAGCGAAAGGGCUGGGCUAUGA